AUGUUAUCUAUUCGAGACGAGGUCAAAACAAUCUCCAACAGAGUCGACAUGUUGGAAAACGCCAUGGUUACGCACGAACCAAGCAUAUCGAACCAGGUCAUUGAAAUUACUUCUUACAACCGUGUUGAUGGAACUGGUGAAAGUGGCAAGCAAAUCGUACGUGAUGAAGCAAAACAUGCGUUGAAAUCAAUGGUUAAAACUAUGCGCAAGGCAUACUCGAAUGACAAAAAGGACUUACACCAACUGAAGCAACAUGUUAAAGGCCAACUGAGAGAGCUUGAACAAAAGAUAACUAGCCAUAUGCAUAACCUGACUUCAGACGUGCAACAAAAUAUAAAUUCCAAAUAUCGUAAGAAAAAAGACAUCCGUCUGGCCAACGCGUCUGCCAAUGGCUCUACGGGCGUCCAAGGGAGGCUUGAGAUCCGUCAUGAUAAUAAAUGGGGCACGAUAUGUGACGACAACUUUCAGGUUGGUCAUGUAGAAGAACAUCACGUAGCAAACAACGUAAACGUGGUGUGUAGGAUGUUCGGGUUCCGCAAAUGUGACUAUGUGAUGCAGGCGGGUCUGGGUAUGGGCAGUGGUGACAUCUGGAUGGACCAUGUUGAAUGUCGAGGAGAAGAACGUAGCUUCUUAGAAUGUUCUCACCAUGGGUGGGUGAUUCAUAGUUGUACUCAUUAUGAGGACGUAGGGUUCAGUAUGUGGAAUUAA